AUGAAAUACAAUUGGCGUCAUUUCUCAGGCGUCGACUAUGAUGCUCGUUCACAGGAUCAUGGAAUCUUCAAGUUGGUUCGCAAAGGUGGACAGGGUAAGAGCGAUUGGGCCAGCGACGUUAGCGCUGAACUUGGAAAUUAUGACUAUUUAAUGUUUGCCGACGUCGACCAUUCGCAUCCUGCGGUUCGCAGUGAUAUAUUUGAAUGGGGCUCUUGGAUCACGUCUUCUCUCAACCUCAGUGGGAUGCGACUUGAUGCCAUCAAGCAUUAUUCACUCUCUUUCCUCCAAGACUUCAUCUCCCAUCUAGAUAAACACCACCACGACCAGUUCUUUGUUGGUGAGUAUUGGGACGCAAGAACCGAAGUCCUGGAGAAAGUGAUCCGACGGUUUCACGGGCGGUUGAAUCUCUUCGAUGUCCAGCUCGUUUACACAUUUAGCGACUACUCUAAGGGAAGGAGGAAUGAUAUGAGAGCUAUUUUAGAUGCAUCUCUAGUACACAGAGACCCUGCACAUGCUGUUACGUUUGUUGCGAACCAUGAUACGCAAGAGAUGCAGUCGCUAGCUGCACCGGUCGAAGAAUGGUUCAUCCCACUCGCAUACUCCCUUAUCCUCCUCCGCCACAAUGCGGGUACACCCUGUGUGUUCUGGGGCGACAUCUUCGGCAAUCAGGGCCCUCGAGCCAGAUUUCCAGCUUGUGGAGGCAAGCUUGUUCGGCUCAUAGCGGCACGGAAACUCUAUGCAUAUGGUCCGCAAAGGGACUAUUUCGACACGGAAGACUGCAUUGGAUGGACAAGACUCGGCCACAGACUACAAUCGGAUGGUGCGGGCCUCGCGGUCAUAAUGACCAAUAGCUGGGAUAGACGGUCUAAGCGGAUGUUUGUUGGGCAAAGACAUGCUGGGGAGCGUUGGAAGGAUGUCCUUGGCUGGGAAGACCAAGAUGUGGUCAUCGAUUCAAAGGGGUUUGGGCAUUUUCCUGUUGGCCAUCGAUCCGUUGGCGUCUGGACGCAUGGCAAGGCGCCGUCUUUUGAGAACGUCAGCAGAUUCACUUUCCCUCGGAUGGCCCAGGCGAUAGCGCCAAUCACGAACUUGACAGGCUAA